AUGAAUGGCAUAAUAUUGGCGGGAAAAAGUGCGUCUUUUAUGGAUAAGUGCAAACGUUUGGAUUUCGUUUCUGUAACUCUAGCAGUUGCCGAACAUUCAGCCACACGGGAACAAUCCAGGCACCACUCCCACCGCAAGCAUGAGACUCAUGAGGAGGGAAAAGAAUUUGAGACAUCCGAAGAAAUUUCAGAAUGGCAUAGCAGACACAAACACCACAGGAGGAGAGAAUUAGAACACCACAUUUCCGAUGAUUUGAAAGAAAUAUUGGGCACGAAUAGUCAUCACGAAUGCAGUGAACUCCUUCAUAAGUUGACUGGACACCAUGAUGAAGCUUCUGCAGUGAAAUAUAUAGAAAACCAUACAGGACUGCGUGAUAAACACCAAGUUUACGAGUUUUUGAUAAAAACUCGAGGAUCAAGAACCUGGAAGUUUCUCGUGGACUUUCUGAAGCUGCUGGAUGAAACUCCGCAUAUCAACAUUGUGAUAGAGCUUUUGAGACAAAUCACGAAUGAGAUCGAUGUGUUAGAUGCUUACAAAGCACUGAAGCCGUUAAUAGGACAUGAUAAUUUCGACGGAGUUUACGAGACCUUGCAGAAGAUCUCUGGGGAGAAAGAUGCGUACGAAGUUGCGGACUAUUUCAAGCAUAUCGCACAUACCAGUGGUGUCGAAGGCUUCAAACUGGAAGUUUUAAAGCUGACGGGAGGAGUGGGUCCUGCAGAUUUCCCACGACUACUGAAAGUACUCCUGCCUGAAAUCGAUAUGAAAGGAGCUUUUAAUCUCAUUGUAUUGGGAACCAGGACCGUUGACAUCGGUGACGCUAUAAAGAGUUUGAACAAAUUAUUGAAGACAAAAUCUUUCACAGACAGCAUUAAUAUUCUCAAAACUGUUACUAGACAAACACGUUUGAGACUUAUUGUGGAGAAUUUAUACAAAAUAGCUGGCGUCGGAGACUUGCUGAAGGUUCAAGAUAUGUUCAAAGACGUUUUCGACACUGACAAUAUUGUGACCAUAAUCCACCAAGUGAAUAAGGUGACGAAGGGCCCCGACGCGCUGUUUAUCCUCAACUCUCUGUUAGAUGUUACCCUCGCUAGCAACAUAAAGGACGCAGCGACAAUCAUAAAAACACUCACUAUUAAACACAUGUCACUGCUAGAUAUUUUGGAAAAUAUUCGCGUCAAGUCUGGCCAUGAAAACAUUAUCGAUUUUUUCAAGGCAAUGAUAUCUAUGACCGGAGCCAAAUAUAUAUUCGUGUUCUUCGACAAGGUGCACAAAUAUACCACGGCGGAUAUCAUUAUCUUCUUGCAGACGAUACUGCGAGUCACCAACACAACGAAUGUAAGAUUCGCUGCGGCCAUGUUGAAUAAAAUAUGUGAUAUGGACGAUUUAUUUGAAGUCAUCCACGAAAUUUAUGAUAUCACUAAAAUGGAUUUACAAGAAGCAGUAAUGAUACUUGAGGAUUUCACUGAAACUGAAAACUUGAUUGCCGCUUUACGUGACUUGCCGAGAGCUACUGGUCAACCAGAUAUUUUAUCGGCCAUAAAAUACAUUAAAGAGAACAAGCCUCGCAUACCUAAAUCGACCACCACAACAACCACAUCAACAACAACUCAACCGACUACUACAGAAGAUUAUGACUCCUACGAAGAAGAUGAUUACACCUCAGAAGAAACUUUUGAAGAAGAUGCAUACACUGAACCUAUUACUACCACUAAAGAGGUAACGGCUAUUACAUCAGAGGCAACGACUGUUUCAUCAGAGCCAGUGACUAUAGCAACGGAAGCAAUUUCUAUUACUACCGAGUCAGUAGCUUCAGCAGCAAUCACUGAUACAACGGAGCCCUCAACCUCAACAACAACUAAACUUAAAGAGGUAACAUCUAAACCAACAGCAACUAUGACAAUUAAAUCAACAACUACCCUAACAACUAUUGAACCAGCCGCAACCUUCGAGUCACCAGCGACUGAACCAGAAAUUACAACCUCUAAAUUAGCUACCGUUAAUACGGACCCUACAACUAUUGAACCAAUGGCAAUAACUAUUGAAACAACAAAUAGUACUGAAUCAGCAACUGAAAAUAUUGAUUAUAAGACUACAAAUGGAGCAUUAACAACCACUACUGAAGUUGUUUCUGAAAAAGAAGAGUCAACAACAGGGCAUUCAAUAAUAAAUACUACUGAAAAAGUUAGUAAUGAAGAAAAUAUGACAACUGGACGUUCAUCACAAUUAGGUUUUAAUGAUGGUUUAUCUGUAUCUGAAUCAAAAGGUACUUUAUACGCCUCUGAGUAUAGUAAGGAAAUAAUACAGAAAAAACCACAUACUCAAAGUGCUAGCGCUUCUGAAACUAAUGAAAUUGAAUUUUCUACUAAAAAAGAUUUAAUAGGGGAAGAACUACCUAUAACAACUCAAAAAUCAACUUCCAACAUUAAAGAGACAGAUGCUAAAGGCUCAACAACAACAACGGAUCAACCAACUACCAAAGCGCAUGAUAAGUCUCGUGGCAACACCAUUCAAGGUACAGAUGAAUAUGAAGAUACAUCAUGUUCAUCAGAAAACCUUGAGUCAGGCGAGGAAUGUUUUGAUGUUACCGAUAACCCUGAUUUUUCAGAAGAAGUAAGAGCAGAAGAAGAAGUGGCUAAACCUACAACAAAAACAGAAGCCUCAACAACAGCUUUAGAAGCCACGACUGCAGAAUCAUCCACAUCAACAUUGGAGUCAACAACGAUUAAGGAACCAAAUUCAUUCACUACAACACCUCUAAUACUAACUACAACAACUGUAGCAGUACGUUCUGAAACUAAAAACGCCACUAUAAUAUCUGUAGAACCUACGAGUGCCCCCACAAUAGUACCAAUAUUUUCACCAAUUGGAUUAUCAACAUCACCACAUAUAUCAACUGACAACAUACUUAUAACAAGGUAUCCCACUACUGAACUACCAGAAUAUUACGAUUCUUAUGAGGAUUAUUCAACAGAAGCAACUGACCCAGUAACCUGUCCUCCAGGUGACCCGGAACAGGAUAAUUCAGAUGAAUCUAUAAUAGUUACAGAAAAGUCAGCAAAUGCAAAUGAAAAUAUUACAGAUCUCUUUGAAGAUUUUGAAGGUAAUACAACAUUGAACCUGUCUGCUACAACAACAUCAACCACCACAGAAGAAACAUCGACUACUUAUACUGCAAAGCCGCUAGUCGCUCUAAACGAUUUAGCAAUAUCUAUAACUGAAAAACCAUCUCUUACGCACACAACCACAAUAGAUAAACUACAGACGACCACAUCACCAUUUACUACAGAAGCGGACGCUAAAAGUCCAUUCCAUGAGUUCGGACCUAUGUCACAACCUCCUAUAACGACCACUGAAGAACCGACAACUACAACUGUAGGAGAACUAAUAACUUCUGAAUUUGAACAAUAUACUACUCCUUCAGAAGAAUUAAUAUCAAUCACUAAACCACAAGGCCCUGCUACGUCCACUCCCACUAUAACUGUAGGCGAAACAAUAACUUCUAAAGAAGAAUUAACGCCUACUAUAAGUACAAAGGGCUCAACAACUAAAGAACCGACAACUCCCGUUAACUCUAAAGAAUAUACGACUACCGCAUCAGAAGCAACUAUACCUAUUACAGAAGAAUCAACAACUUCUACACCUAUUAACGACCCUGAACAACCACCAACUACCACACCAGAAGCACGAACGUCUACAGAAGAAUCAACUCCUUCGACAUUAGAAGAACCAACAAUUACCACUAACCCUGAACAACCAUCAACUACCACAGCCAAAACACAAACAACUACAACAACUGCAGAAGAAUCUACAACUACUGCGACUAUAGUAGACAAACUAACGAUGAACACGGAUUCAGAAAAUACAGAACAAGAAGAAAGUACAGAGGUCAGUCCUAGUCCAGAGCAAAAGUCUUACAGCCUAAUAAAGAGUGAUGAAAGAAUAUCCGCUAGUACUAAUACAGACAUAUGGAAUAUCUCAAGUACAGAGACAGCAAGCACUGCUACCACAGCAGAAGAAGUAUUGACUAUAAAAGAAGAAGAACUGAUCACUAAAACGACAACAGCAGAGGAUACAACAGACGCAGUAACGACUUUAACUACCUUCACAACUGAAGGUCAGACAACUAGCAUUAAAAAAGAAGAAGCAACCGUUACAAAAACUAUAGACGAACCAACGGCAAUGACAAUCACAGAAGAAUCAUUCAUUACUACAACUAAAGAAGAACUAACAUCAAGAGAAGAAUCAACAACUACUAUGACGACAGAAGAGACAACAAAUAUUGCAACAGAAAAAACCACGAGUGGAUCAAUAGCAAAAGAACCAACUAUUACCACUAUAUCAGAACACCAAACUAAUUUCAUCACUACAGAAUUUGCAACAGUUACUACAUCAAGUCCAGAAGAAGGAAAAUCUACAUCAAGUUUAGAAGAACCAACGCCUAUAAUAAGUUCCGAUAAACCAACCUCUACAACAGGCACAGUAGAACUAACAUCUACAAUAAGUACAGAAGAACCUAAAACUACAACAAAUACAGAAGAACCAAAAACUUCAACAAGUACAAAAGAACAAACGUCUAUAAUAAAUACAGGAGAACCAACAACUAUAGAAGAACUAACAUCUUUAACAAGUACAGAAGAACCAACAUCUACAACAAGUACAGAAGAACCAACAUCUACAACAAGUACAGAAGAACCAACAUCUACAACAAGUACAGAAGAACCAACAUCUACAACAAGUACAGAAGAACCAACAUCUACAACAAGUACAGAAGAACCAACAUCUACAACAAGUACAGAAGAACCAACAUCUACAACAAGUACAGAAAAACCAACAUCUACAACAACUACAGAAGAACCAACAUCUACAACAAGUACAGAAGAACCAACAUCUACAACAAGUACAGAAGAACAACCGUUUACAACAAAUGGAGAAGAACUAACGACUAUAAUAGUUACAGAAGAAUCAACAACGACAGAAGAAAUAACAAAACAAAGGACUACACUAAAGAAACAAUCAACCACAUCAACGGAACAAUCGACUACCGAACAUCUGACAACAACCAAAGAACAAGGCACAGCAACUACUGAACAACUUACCACUACAACAGAACAAUCAACUAUAGAACAACAAUUAACAAUCGCAGAACAAAGGUCAUCAAGUAAUGAACAAGCAACCCUAACAACGGAACAAUCGACUACCGAACAACAGAUAAUAAACACAGAACAAGAGAGAACAAGUACGGAACAAAAAAUAAUAAUCGCAGAACAAGAGUCAACAGAUAAUAAACAAGCAAUCAUAACAACUGAACAAUCAACUACCGAGCAACAGAACACAACAACAGAAUAUGGGAGAACGCCCACUGAACAACUAAGUACUAUAACUGAACAAUCGGCCAUCGAACAAGAAACAAAAAUCAAAGAAGAAGGAACAACACGUAGUGAACAGCCGACCACAACAACGGAUCAAUCAGCUACUGAACAGCCGACAAUAACCAAAGAACAAGGCACGAAAAGUGAUGAACAACCAACCGUAACAACAGAACAAUCGACUAACGAACAACAGUCAACAACUACAGAACAAGGCAGCAUAAGUACUGAACAACCAAUCACAAUAACGGAACAAUCAAAUACACAGCAACCAUCGACAACAACAGAUCAAGGGUCAACAAGAGAUGAACAAUUAAGCACAACAACGGAACAAUCGACUACCGAACAACAGACGACAACAACAACAGAACAAGGGAGAACGAUUACAGACCAACUAAUUACAACAAUCACAGAACAAGAAACGGCAAGUUAUGAACAAUCAACCACAACGGAACAAUCGAUUACCGAGCAACAGACAACAACUACAGAACAAGGGAGAGCAAGUAGUGAACAACUAAUUACAACAACUGAACAAUCAGUUAUUGAACUAGAAACAAUAACCACAGAACUAGAAGCAACAAGUCAUGAACAAAAAACCGUAACAACGGAACAAUCAACUCCUGAACAACAGACAACAACUUCAGAACAAGGGACAACAAGUACUGAAAAACCAAUCAAAAUAACGGAACCAUCGAAUACACAGCAACAAUCAAGAACAACAGGACAAAGGUCAACAAGUGAUGAACAACGAACCUCGACAACGGAACAAUCGACUAUCUCGCAACAGACAACAACAACAGAACAAGGGAGAAUGAUUACAGACCAACUAAUUACAACAAUCACAGAACAAGAAACGGCAAGUUAUGAACAACCAACCACAACAACGGAACAAUCGAUUACCGAGCAACAGACAACAACUACAGAACAAGGGAGAGCAAGUAGUGAACAACUAAUUAAAACAACUGAACAAUCAAUUAUCGAACUAGAAACAAUAACCACAGAACUAGAAGCAACAAGUCAUGAACAAAAAACCGUAACAACGGAACAAUCAACUACUGAACAUCAGACAACAACUUCAGAACAAGGGACAACAAGUACUGAACAACCAAUCACAAUAACGGAACCAUCGAAUACACUGCAACAAACAAGAACAACAGAACAUAGGUCAAAAAGUAAUGAACAACGAACCUCGACAACAGAACAAUCGACUACCGAGCAACAAACAACAAUAACAAAUGAAGAGUCAACAAGUGAUGAACAAUCAUCGAUGACAACGGAACUAUCGACUGCGGAGCAACAAUCAGUUUCGGAACAAGAAACGAGGAGUCAACAACCAACUACGGCAACUGAAGAAUCAACUAAUACGGAGACCGAUGAACUAACCACUGGAUUAAUAGAACAAUCAUCAACAACGACAUCAGAGAAACUAACAGAAAAAAAUACAUCAGAGCCACCUGACACGACCGUUCAAGAAGUCGUUGGGACAACUGAACAGUCAAUCUCAACUAUGGACCAAUCAGAACAGACUAAAACAACUGAAGAAAGAAACACAAUCAGAAUACCUGCGAAACAAAGAACUGCAAUAACAACAGAUACAUCAACAUUAGAACAAGCCAACACGGAUGCGGAACAAAACGAAAAUAUUGAAAAACAAAUUUUAACAACUGAAAAAGAAAUAUUAGCAAAAGAACAGGAGGCAACUGUAAAUGAAAUUAAUACAGGCAUAAAAUCUGUAACAGAACCAAAUACAGCUUUUGAUCAAAAUUCCUCUCCAGAUGUAACGAUAACUAAAUCAUCUUAUGGUUCUACUGAAACCAAAUUAUCUGAUACAAUCGAAAAAUCAUCUAGAAAAGAACAAGAUUCAUCAACAUUAGAAGAACAAACAUCAUUCAGGCAAGCACAAGCGACUGAACAACAAUCUUCUGAAACCAAUGAAAGUAUACAACAUCAAUUAUCAGAAGAGACUGUCUUACGGCAAUCUUCUGAAGUUUUAACAAAAGAACCCAAGCCACCAGGGUUCCCAACAGAGCAAUCGGUUACGGAUGUAGAUUUGCCUAAUGUUGGAGGUAAAUUAGGACUCAAUCACGGAAAGAAACAAAUAUUAAACGCUUUAGAAACGAAUAUGAACUUAAAAUUACUUAUGUUGCCAAAAGGGCCGAAAGGCAAAAACUGUUUCUGCACUUGUGACACUUCUAGCAGCCCACAGAUUAUACCACUGGAAGAACUGCCUAAAGAGACAAAUUCUUAG